AUGACCGUCAUCGUGGAGGCCAUCGAGUACUACAAUGCACACAUCGCUCCCGAUCUGAUCGCCACAGGGUCUCGGGGACCCCGGACUCCCUACUGGAUGCCUCCUAUCACUGCUUCCAUCCUCCCUCGGUCCUUCACCCAGUCCAUUGUUUGCACCUCGCUUUGCCACCGCAUCCUGCAGUCGAGUGAUGCAGCUCCGUCAGACCAGGUUGUGCUUGCUCGGAGACUGCAGCGGCAUCGCGGUGACGCCCUCCAAGCUUUAACGGCCGACCUGGGGAAACAGAAGGAGCCUUCAGAUGUAACUCUAGCGUCGGUGCUUACUCUGCUGCUCGUCGAGAUUCAACAAUCCUUCGAGCCACCCAACUGGCGAAACCACGGCAACGGCGCGGCUGUCAUGAUCGAGCUAAAAGGAGGCUUGCAGUCUCUUGUGCUUUCCCGUCCCUUUCUCCGCCACCUCUUCCGAUAUUAUGCUCUCAUCGAAGCGAUAGGUAACACAACUUCACCCCGGGUCGAGAUGCGCUCAGCCCGCAGCCAACUCGAGCUGGUUUCCCUGCUCCCGGUCUUCUAUGGAAACGGCCUCUCCACAUGCUUCCCGUGCCCUCCCGAUUUGCUCGCUGAAAUCAUCCACAUCAACCACCUCCGGUCCGUUUUCCAAGGAGGCGCCCUUCUCUCGGCCGACAAGGACUCAACUCCGCGAGAAGAAGACGGCCAAGACCCACAAUACUCGGCAGCUAUGGACGUCCUCCGCCGCAUCAGGUCAUUUUCGACCGAUAAGUGGGCUGCCGAGGUUACCGUCAGUAUCACCAGGGACGAGAAUACCGCGCCUCCCGGUUUGAGCGGUUGGCACGCAAUUGCUUGCAUCUACCAGUCGGCUGUCGCCAUCUAUUGCAUUGCGUCCCUACUCCACGAGGCGGUGGGCAGCCCAGACCAAAACACGGAGCUAGUGGCGGAUGCACCGCUCACUCGUUGGGAGGUCCUCACCGAGGUGAGGAGCAUGUAUGCCUCAACGCUGCUCAGCCGGCUUCACCAAGUCAGCAAGUGCACUCAACUGCGCAAGCUGGUUCUCUGGCCCUUGUUCGUCAUGGGUGUUGAGGCGGAAGAUGAGGAGACGAAGCGGUUUGUCAUGGGCGAGUUACGGUGGAUCAGCAAUGCCCUCGGCACCGCUGCGCCCCUGGUAGCGAAAGAUUUGUUGGAGAAGCGCGUGUGGAAGCUUGGGAUGGGGAAAGGGGGCUGGGAUGCCAUGUUCGACCAGUCUUAUGUCUUUGUUCUUUAG